AUGAUUUAUGUAUUGCAGCAUAAAAAAUUAAGAGUCCAACGCCCGCAACAUUUAAAAUCACUCAUCCCAUCCAAAGAUCUUGUAUUUGGACGUCAAUUCACAGAUCAUAUGCUAAAUAUACAAUGGAGUGCUGAAAAUGGGUGGUCUGAUCCUCUUAUUCAACCUUAUGGUAAGAUCUCUCUUGAUCCUAGUGCUAUGGUAUUCCAUUAUUCUUUCGAGUGUUUCGAGGGCCUAAAAGCUUAUAAAGAUAAGAAUGGAAAAAUAAGAUUAUUUAGACCAGACAUGAACAUGAAGAGAUUUAAAAAAUCAGCCGCAAGGAUCUCAUUACCAGACUUUAACGGAGAAGAGUUACUUGAGUGCAUAAAAGAACUUAUUCGUCUUGAGGAACGUUGGAUUCCUGUAGAAAGAGGAUACUCGCUCUAUAUACGUCCAACCCUCAUUGGUACCCAAGAGUCUUUAGGGGUUAAUUCAACUGGACGUGCUCUUCUUUUUGUUAUUUGUUCACCGGUAGGACCAUACUAUAAGACAGGAUUUAGUGCUGUUAGAUUAUUAGCUACAACAGAAUAUGUAAGAGCUUGGCCCGGCGGCACCGGAGAUGCAAAAAUUGGUGGGAAUUAUGCACCAUGUGUAAAGCCACAAAUCGAUGCAUCAAAAAAGGGUUAUCAUCAAAAUCUGUGGUUAUUUGGUGAGAAUGAUGAACUUACCGAAGUAGGUACAAUGAAUUGCUUUGUCCUUUUGAAAAACGAACUUGGUGAAACUGAACUUGUGACACCACCUCUGGAUGGAUCUAUUCUUGCGGGUGUGACGCGUGAUUCUAUAUUAAGUCUUGCCCGUUCAUGGAAUGAAUUUAAGGUCUCCGAGCGAAAAAUUACUAUGCCGGAAGUUGUAAAAGCUGCAGAAGACGGUCGAUUGAUAGAAAUGUUCGGUUCAGGCACUGCCUGCAUUGUCAGUCCCAUCGAAGGCAUUUAUUAUAGGGGCCAAAAUUUAAAAGUGCCUUUAGAUCCAAAUGACGCCUCUAGUCAAGCCGGACCAGUCACUCGACGAUUUGCGGAUACAUUACUGGGCAUACAAUAUGGAGAAAUUCCACAUGAAUGGUCAAUUAUAUUGAAUUAG